GCAGGAAACAUGGCGGCGCUCAUGACUCUCAGUCAGUUAUCGAGUGGAAACCCAUCUUAUGAGAAUUAUUACAGACAGGUGGAUCCUGGAAACACAGGGAGAAUAUCGGCUGGGGAUGCAGCUCUGUUCCUCAAGAAGUCAGGGCUCUCAGACAGUACACUAGGAAAGAUUUGGGACUUGGCUGACUUGGAGCGAAAAGGCUAUUUGGACAAGCGGGGUUUCUUCAUAGCUCUGAGAUUGGUGGCCUCAGCACAGGGCGGUAAUGAUGUCAGUCUCAGUAACCUUAACCAGACCUUGGCUCCACCAAAGUUUAAUGACACAAGCAGCCCGUCGCUAAGCAUAUCAUCAAUAUCAACGGACGGUCAGUGGGCUAUAAGGCUUGAUGAAAAGGGGAAAUUUGAGGGUAUCUUUGAGAGUCUGGGCCCUGUCAGUGGUCUACUCUCUGGUGACAAAGUCAAGCCCGUGUUGAUAAACUCCAAGUUACCUCUGGAUGUGUUAGGAAAGAUUUGGGACCUGAGUGAUGGCGAUAAAGAUGGACACUUGGACAAAGAGGAGUUUGCAGUGGCUAUGCAUCUGGUGUACCGUGCCAUGGAGAAGGAGCCUGUCCCUGCCACUUUGCCUGCAUCCCUUAUCCCUCCUUCCAAGAGGAAGAAGACCGCAGGGGCAUUGCCAGGCGCAGUGGCUGUACUGCCUGCUCUGUCUGGGCUCACAGCAAGUCCCAUCCCACUCAAAGAGACCCUACGCUCCACGUCAUCCCUGGGCACCAUCGGCCUCACCACUGGCACCACAGGCGGCACCCUCUCCCCGAAACACUCCUUCAAAUCUAGCUCACAGGUACCGCAGGCAUCGGUGAACUGGGUCGUUCCGGUUGCCGACAGGGGGCGAUACGAUGAAAUCUUCCAGAAAACAGACACGGACAUGGACGGUCUGGUCACUGGCACGGAGGUCAUCGAGAUCUUCAUGCAGUCCACCCUCCCCCAGACUACACUGGCACAGAUAUGGGGACUGGCUGACACCAAGCAGACAGGCAAGCUGAGCCGUGAGCAGUUCUCCCUGGCUAUGUAUCUGAUCCAGCAGAAGGUCACCAAGGGCCAGGACCCUCCCGAGAGCCUCACCCCAGACAUGAUCCCCCCCUCGGAGAGGAUUGCAUCAGGCUCAUGCUAUGCGGGGCUUAUGACUGCUGUGGGACCUGCUGCACUAGCUAAUAUGCGCAGAGACAGCACCAGUUCCUCGGGGUCAGCAGAACUGACGGGCAUCAAAGAGCUGGAUGACCUCAGCCAGGAAAUAGCUCAGCUGCAGAGAGAAAAGUACACCCUGGAGCAAGAAAUCAGGGAGAAGGAGGAAGCCAUCAGAAAGCAGAAUAGUGAAGUUCAGGACAUGCAGAAGGACCUGGACAGGGAGAACAGCAGCCUGCAAGACCUGGACUCUCAGAAGCAGGAUGCUCAGGAGCGGCUGGAGGAGAUGGACCAGCAGCGCUCCAAGCUGGAGGGAAUGCUCGACGACAUCAAGCAGAAGUGUCAGGAUGAAUCUCAAAUGAUCUCAUCUCUUCAGAGUCAGAUCCACUCGCAGGAGUCGGACCUGCAGAGUCAGGAAGACGAGCUGAGUCGCACCAAGGCGGACCUGAGCCGGCUGCAGGAGGAGGAGGCUCAGCUGGAGCAGAGCCUGCUGGCUGGCCAGGUCGAGCUGGACAGCAUUGUCAAGUCGCUCAAAGCCACCCAGGACGAGAUCAACCAGGCUCGUAGUAAGCUGUCCCAGAUCAAAGACAACCAGCAGGAGGUAACCAAGACCAUUGAGCAAUACAACAAGGCUUUAAAUGGCAUCAGUGGAGGCAGCAUGACUAACCUGGCUGACAUGACUGAAGGUUUCACUGACAAGGAGAAUGGAGGCUUCAAAGGCAUGGAGGAUUCCUUCAAGUCUAAGAUAGCCAAGUUCAACAACAAUGCUCAGGAGCCCCCGGCUGACCCCUUCCAGAGUGAGGACCCAUUCAAGUCGGACCCCUUUAAAGAUCCAUUCGGAGGAGAUCCUUUCAAAGAUAGCGACCCAUUCAAAGGGACGUCUUCUGAAGACUUCUUCAGAAAGACAGACAAGUCAGACCUGUUUGGAUCUCCCGACCCCUUCAGUAAAAAACCCACCCCGCCAGCCAAGCCGAGUGCCUUUGGGAGCGGUGACCCCUUCACAUCCAGCAGCCCCAAACCAAAAGAUUCAGAUGUGUUUGGGACAAUGGACCCCUUUGGUAGCAACUCUUUUGGAGGCAAAGGCGGAUUUGCCGACUUUAGUAAGAUGUCAAAGAAGCUAGACAACCCUGUACUCCCACCAAAGAAAAAUGUGCCUAACCGACCUGCACCACCUUAUGGCUCUGAACAUGUCAAGUUUGGAAGUGAGAGCCUGCAGCUUGAGUGGGCCAAGCAGGAGAGCGAACGCGAGGAGGAGGAGAGGCAGAGGAGGCUUCGUUCCCAGGAGCAGGAGGACCUGAAACUAGCUAUCGCACUCAGCAAGGCCGACAUGUCCAGCGCCUGACCAAGACAACCCCCCCUUCCCCCCAGCAUAAUCGUCUUUCCCUCCAACCCAUAACCCCUCCGCAGACCGAUGACGGCAUCGACACCAGCCCGGCAUGAACUUACUACCACUCAAUGUACGCAAGUAGCGUCUCUCCAGCCAUUGCUAGACUCCCAUGAGGACUCCACAUUUAGCAGACAGUUAACGCUCAGUGCUUCCCAACUACAGGGCAUCUAUAAUCAAGGGCAAUUCAGAGCCACGGGAUUUAAGCCCGGCUGUAUCCUGUGUAGAACAUAGUGAUUUCAUGCAACAUGAACCAAACGGCAACUUCACUACAACCUACAUCUAGCUCUCUGUUGUUCUGCAGCUAACUACCGUGUCUCGUUCAUAUGCCUUCUCAUUGCAGAAAAAUUAUGUUUUAAAGAAUAUUUUAUUUUGUUUUAUUUAUAUAUAUAGAUAUAUAUAAAGGUAAUAAUGAAUCUGUGGUUUAUGAAGUAUCUGUAAAUGCACUGUAUAAACUGUAUUAUAACCUUUCAUUUCUUUGAAACACUCAUAUCAGAAGUCUGACCGUUGAUGGUUCCUUCCCGACUUCAGGUGCAUGUCUUUCUUCAGCCUUAGGAGCUCUUAAAGUUAAGAGAGAUCAGCCUCUUUUUUUUUUUUAACUGUCUUGACAAUGAAUUGCCUUAUGCGCCAUCCUUGAUGGACUUCAAAACUACGCCAGUGGAGCUUCCAUGAUCUGAGCAGUAACUGCUUGGUUUUAAAGCCUUGUCUCGUGUGUCAUCGUAAAAGUCUUUUAUUGUUGUGUCUUUUAUUUGUUUUUGGCCCUUAAGUACAUUCAGUGCAGAAAUCCUAACAAUUCCACGAUAACACUCAUGUAGAGAAUGAUUGAUCUGACAGCAGACCAAGGCGAUGCUUUGGGGUUCCUUGGAGAUUGUCUUGACAUUCCUCGCCCUGUCACCACCUCCCCUGUGCCAGCAGAUGACAGCUAAUGAAUCGAUAAUCAUUUAGGGUUACAAGCGGUUUUCCCUCGGCUAUUGGUCGUACUACAUGAAGGCAUUGUUGUGUCAUUAGCCGUCAAUAAUUAAUAAUAAAUGAUGUUUUAUGACGUUUGGAUAAAGUUCACUCCAGCAGGCGCGUUGUUACACUACCACUGCUUGGCCGGGGAGCGGCAGUGUGUAUUUCUCCAUUUAAAAUGCAAUAACAUGCAAUAAGUCGGGUUGCUUUCAUCUUGGCCCUCGUUCUUAUUAUACUGCCUCCAAAAACUGAAUACCGUGUAAACCUUAUUGUUUCCAGUGGUGCUGUUAGACAAGGUUUGCUUCUAUUUACACGCAUUGCAAUAUUAAGCGAGACGCAGACUGAGGGCCUGGUUGUAUACUUGAAAUUUCUUACUUGUUUGUUUGUUAACACACCAAAUCAACCGGCAUGCCAUCUGCAUUCAUAUUUAUAUAUAUAUAUAUAUAUCCUCCAACCAGCUUGUGGGAAAAGUUUAAAUGCUUUACAGAUUUCCAUGCUUGUAAUCAUACUAUUGUCACACUAAUCACAUGUUAUCAGGCACAUAUUCUCCUCUUCUUCUUCUUCCUCCAGUGGUUUAAAAUGGUUACAGUGGAGCGUAUGGAUGUGGUGGAGGUUGCACUUUCUGGAGGUGCAUGGUGCAACAGCUGCCUUACUCAUCCACAACCAGUGUGUCUACUACAUAUGUACUACAUAAUACAGCUGUGAUUACAAACUUACUCUGACUUCCUCAACACUGUAGUAACCAGUUGCAAUAAAGGCAUUGUGAUAU